AACGUAAUGGGUAUUUGCAAACUGCUUUUUUUCAGGCGAAAUAAUGAGAAGAGCCACUGUAGUAAAGAAGAUUUUUAUCAAAAAAUUGCAAAAACAAUGAUGAACAUUUUGAUAACUACCACAGAUGCUGUGGCCGAAUCGAUAUGGUUCGAUAAGGUAGUCUUUAACAAUAAACACACAUGUUGCACUUGCAUACAUAUGUAUGUAUGUUUGAGUAUACAUAGUACAUGUAGGCGGUAUUUCCUAGUUGAAUGCAAUCAAAAACAAUUAUGAUUUAAUUGCAAUUAAGCAUUGUUUUUCGACCUAUAUAAAUAGAAUGGACUAGCUAUGAGGCCACCAUAGUGUUUUGUUUAGUGGAAACGGAAGUUACAGUAGCAGACCAUAUUUUAACCAUCGCAGAAUGCUAAAAGGUUUGUUUCAGUCGCCAAGCAUUUUUGAAAGUUCUACAUUGGCCGAUCUAAUUGGAUUAUUGUUAUUGCAGUUAUAACGUUAGCAGUCUUGGUGCUAAGCGUGGAGGCGAAUUAUGUGAGCGAACCAAGGUGCACUAAUUCGAUAAUCGGUAGCAGACACCCCCAUUUUUUGGAAUGCUCCAAAUUUGUAAUAUGUGUUAAGACAUGGUUUGGUCGGGUUCAAAGCUGUCCAAGUGGAUUGCAUUUUAAUGCAGAAGAGGCGGUAUGCGACUAUCCAUCCCGGGCCGGAUGUGCCAUGGAAAGAUCUCUUGUGAAACCUAGUUGCGAAUGUGAUUGCAGUGUAUGUUGCCCAACUAGUGUGCCUUGCGAUACUUCAACUUCAACAUCACCUUCGGCUCCAACUUCCCCAAUAACAGAGGCUCCUUGUGAAACGCCAAGUCCAACAUCUACGCCUUCAUUCCAUUCAACUGCAACAAUCUCAACAGCGCCACAAAGUCCCAGUACCCCAACAGCCACCCCAUGCAAAACGACUACCAUUAGUUCCCCAACCCCCACAGGGGAAUCUCAUACGCCUACAGUAGACUCGCCAACACCUACCGUUGGCUCUCCUACAUCUACUGAUGCCUCCCCAACUCCUCCAGCUGAUUCUCCUGCGCCUACUGCCGAAUCUUCUACACCUAAUGGAAGCUCGGCCACGCCUGCAGAUGCCUCAUCAACACCUUCAGGAGGCGCUUCUACGCCAACUCCUACGGAAGGCUCUCCCACGCCUAGUGAAGGCUUAUCAACGCCUUCAGGAGCAUGUCCUACAUCCACAGAUGCCUCGCCAACUCCUACAGUGGACUCUCCCACACCUAGUGGCGGCUCAUCAACACCUUCAGGAGGUCUUCCUAAACCUACUGAUGCUUUGCCACCUCUUGAAACCGACUCUCCUACGCCUACUCACGCCUCGCCAACUCCUACAUCAGACUCUCCUACGCCUACUGGCGAUUCUCCUUCAUCAACUGCAGGCUCUUCAACGCCUUCAGGAGGGUCUCCUGCACCAACUCCUACGGCUGACUCUCCCACGCCUAGUUCAGGCUCAUCAACACCUUCAGGAUCAUCUCCUACAUCCACAGAUGCCUCGCCACCUCCUACAGCGGACUCUUCUACGCCUACUGGCGGCUCUCCUACACCUACUGGAGGCUCAUCAACGCCUUCGGGAGCAACUCCUACGGCAGACUCUCCCUCGCCCAGUGAAGGCUCAUCAACACCUUCAGGAGCAUCUCCUACACCUACAGAUGCCUCGCCAACUCCUACGUCUACUGGCGGCUCAUCAACGCCUUCAGGCGGGUCUUCUACGCCAACUCCUACGGCUGACUCUCCCACGCCUAGUCCAGGCUCAUCCACAACUUCAGGAGCAUCUCCUACAUCCACAGAUGCCUCGCCAACUCCUACGGCGGACUCUCCUACGCCUUCUAGCGGCUCUCCUACUCCUUCUGGAGGUUCAUCAACGCCUUCAGGAGCAACGCCUACGGCAGACUCUCCGACGUCUAGUGAAGGCCCAUCAACACCUUCAGGAGCGUCUCCUACACCUACAGAUGCCUCGCCAAUUCCUACGACAACUGGCGACUCGCCUCCACCUACUGGAGGCUCUUCUACGGCAGACUCUACCACGCCUAGUGAAGGCACAUCAACACCUACAGGAGCAACUCCUACGCCCACAGAUGCGUCGCCAACUCCUACGUCUGACUCUCCUUCUCCAACACCCAUAGAAGUGUCUCCAACACCCACAGAUGGGUCUACUUCCUCGGGCUUGCCAACACCAACAAUACCUGCACCCACAGGAGGAACUAUCGACUGUGAUCCAACAUGUUGCAAUACAACUGAAGGCUAUACUCACGUUCUGGAAGGUAAUUGCCAGAAAUUCGUAGUUUGCGUGGGCGGAAAAGAAAAUAUAUUUACUUGCUCCAAUAAUUUGCAAUACAAUUCGGCGACUGGGCAAUGUGACUAUCCGAAUAAUGUGAACUGUACAUGGCCCCAAGCCCCACCAAGUGGGCCCUCGGCUGGCCCGUCUGGAACUUAUUGUGAAACUGGAGGACGCUGCGUGGGUCAACCUGAUGGCACCUCCUUUGCUAGCGAAACGGAUGCGUGUAGCUCCGACUACAUUGUAUGCCAAUGUGAGUGCGAGGUGAAACGCAGUUGUUCAUCUCAAUUGAUGUUUAAUGUCAAGUUAGGGGUCUAUCCGAGUUCCGUAACCAAAUACAAUUGUGAAAAUGGAACUCGCUUCAAUCCCAGUUUACUAAUAUGUAUAGAGGAUCCUUGUGACUCGAGCGUCUGUGCUAAUGCUACCAAUGAUGGCGUCGCUUAUCCAGCCAACAACUAUCCGCAAGGAUUUUGCAUAUGCGUAAAUGGCGUGGCGGAAGUACAUGCUUGCCCAAGUGGUGCUGUAUUCGAUCCAACUACUGCGAUAUGCAUAUCUUCGACCACUCUGCAAUGCAAUAUAUCCAAAUGUGCUAAUGCAACCUCGGAAAACACAUAUCCCGUUGCAGCCAAUAAUGACUCACACGGUUUUUGCUACUGUUUCUCAGCAACUGAAAUUGAGUUCUUCUCCUGCCCAGAUGAUGCCUUGUUUGAUCCCGACCUCGGAAUUUGUGAUGUGAAUGGAGCGGUUACAUCUACACCAGGACCUGAAGGCAAUUGUACUUGUCCAGGAGGUUACAAAGAAGGACAAUUAGUGUCAAACCCAACAAACUGCCGACUUUACUAUGUCUGCAGCUCAGGUCGGCUGGAAGAACACGAUUGUGGUGCAGGAAAUUUAUUCGAUCAAGUUAGUCUUUCUUGUCAGCCGGUGGACAAAAAACGGACGCUCACAAUUGGACACUUGAUGCGCUCAGAAGUUCUGCCAGAGGAUGAUAAAUUGUGUAUGGAUAACGAAAAACAGUCAGUUCCCUCCAACUGUUCCCAGUAUGAAAUAUGUAUUGACGGCGCUUGGACUCGGCUAAGCUGCUCAAGCGAACGGUACUACAAUCCCGAGCAACGCAAAUGCAUGGAGCCGCGUGAUGACACCGUUUGCGCCUAUGCCCGUGUCAAAAACCUACCUAUCUGUAGUGCAUCAAUGGAGCAACGCACGGUGCCUGUAAAGGAGCCAAAUUGUGGUCAAUACUAUCGCUGCAACCAUGGAAAGUGGCGUUUGAAAACCUGUCCCAAGCACUAUUUCUAUUCUAAACGCUUGAAAACAUGCAUUCCAAGUCCACAUGACGAUGCCUGUGUGGCGCGAAAUGCAACUGGGAUCGAUGAUGAUAUGGAACCUAAUUCAAAUAUGACUUCCUCUAAGUGCCGACACAUGGAAGUGCGUCGCUAUGAGCAAAACUGCGCAAUGUAUCUUAUGUGUAUGGAAGGCAAAUGGUGGCACCAGUACUGUCCGCUUGGCAUGUACUACAACCACACAUACAACUAUUGUAUGCCCAAUAUAAACGGACAGUGCGCUACUUCGUUCGAUACGAGUAUACAAGAUAAACCUUCCAUGCAGCCUUGCGACCACAAAGGUGCAGUUCGUCCUUCAGCUCUAUCUUGCGAUCGGUACUUUGAGUGCCAAGCAGGCUAUUGGGAAUUGAGAAAUUGUGGACCUCAUCAAUAUUUCAAUGCCACUGAGAGGGCGUGCCUAUCCGAUAAAGAAGGUUUUUGCGCACAAUUUCAUAAAGCUCAAUGCGACGAGGGUGAGAAACGCGACUUUCCACUCAACUGCGCAGCCUAUGAGAUUUGUAUGCGCGGCACAUGGAUCCGAGCGAGUUGCAAUCAUUCAUGGAUUUUUGAUAACACAUUGCGUAUGUGCAUACCCAAUGACGGUAGCUGCGCUGAGAACGGUCUUCGCAAAGUAUGUGGCGUUGGAGAGACAAAGGCGCAUCCUUUACCUGAGAAUUGCACUCAAUUUUAUUACUGUUUGAAAGACAGCUGGUAUGAGGGCACUUGCUUGAAAGGUCAUACCUUUAUAAAGCUCACAAGAGAGUGUGCGCCACAUGAUGUAUAUGACAAAUGUCAACCGCUAUCUGUAGAAGGAAGUGAAAAUAUUACAACGAGUGCAUAUUUAAAUGGUCAAAAGCAAAUUGGAAGCAACCGCAGCGCCCUCUGUCUUGGUCGAGCAGAUGGAAGCGCUGUGCCGCAUCCAUAUAGUUGCCUACAUUUUUUUAUUUGUAUCUCAGAGUUGGCGGAAAAUGAACAGAAGUGUGUGCGUGGAAGCUUUUUCGAUGAUAGACUUGGCUACUGUCGCCCAAACGACGGCAACUGUGUGGUGCCUCUAAGUGGCGUAUGUGCGAGUGCUACCGAUGGAGGAUAUGUAGCGGAUCCGGAAGAUUGCCAAGCCUACUACCACUGUUCUACUCUGAACGGCACCGAGCGGUUAAAAUGUGCCGAAGGAGAGUAUUAUCACAAUGUCACGAGUCAGUGUCAGAUAGACCGCGGUGAGUGCCGGUUUAGAUCAGAAGAGCUUAGAAAAUGUGUCGGAGCAGAGCAUGGAAAACGUUUGCCUCAUGAACGUUACUGCAAUUUAUAUUAUGCCUGCGUACGAGGGUUGGCCAUUCCAGUGGCGUGCCCUGCGGGGCAACAGUUUAGUGCGGCUCUUGGAAGCUGUGUGUUGGAUGAAAUGCACCAGUGUGAAAAUGGCACACUGGCGGAGGCUUCCAAAAAUGUCACAACAAACCACAUCUGUGUCAACCUUGCGGAUGGCAUUCAUCUGCCCAAUACCGCAGAUUGCACUAAAUAUUAUGUCUGUUUAGGCGGUGUGCCAUUAACGAAAAAUUGUCCAAAGGAUGCGUUCUUCGACCUUAAGCAAGAGCUUUGCGUGCCAGACGAUGGUUCGUGUCCAUAUGUGGAAAAUAGUCAAUCGAAUCACCAACCUGAACCACCACAACCCGCCGAUUGUGAAGGAAAGCAUGGCUCCAUGAUCUCUGAUCCGGCCAACUGUAAUGAGUUUUACGUUUGCAUUAAUGGAAAGCUGCGACAUGAGCGAUGUUUUACCAACUUUUACUUCAAUGCUUCGCUACGUCAAUGCCAGCCCUAUGAGCAGGAUAUUGAAAAUACAACAAAUGCGGAUGCAGCAAGUAGUAAUGCAAGUCAAAUGAAGGUAAUGCUGAAUGCAUUACAUUGCAGUAAUAAGCCCACAAACUAUACUCAGUUAUGCACGCAAAUACCCCAAGGCACUUCUAUUGCUGAGCAGGAUGACUGCAGGCGCUAUAUUAAUUGCAAUGACGCUGGCGAGCCAGUGUCUCAGCGCUGUCGCAAUGGAGAGAGCUAUGAUAGCUUACUCGGCUUUUGCCGUCAAAAUGAUGGCACUUGCUUGCUGGAGAAUGGACAACGUGUAGGCGAAUGCAACGGUCGUCAUGGGCAAUUGGUGCGUGACGCCGACAGCUGCCGUAGCUACUUCGUUUGCAUCAAUGGCCAGAAGAUUGCCAAGAAAUGUGAAGAAAAAGAGUACUUCGAUAAGAUGCUAUCCACAUGUGCCGAGGAUGUGAAUAAUCAGUGCGGUACAGUCGCGGAACAGUCAAUCGAAUGGCAAGUUAUGUCAUGCUCAGGUCUCAGCGAUACCUCACUUUAUCCAUAUACAGGCGACAACUGCCGGUCUUAUUUCCAAUGUGCGAAUGGGAAACCAACGGUACACGAAUGUGCCGAUGGACUGUACUUCAAUGCAUCUAUAGGACGUUGUGUAAAGGACAUUACAGAAUGCGCUUUGCCCGCAGUAACUGUGAAGCGCACACCUGAAGUAGUGAGCUUUGAAGAGAAUAUUUGUGAAAAGGCAGUACCAGGACAACGCUAUGCGAACAUAGGCGAUCUUUGUCGUUCCUUUUAUGUUUGCUUAGAAGAUGGCACCGUAGCUUAUACCACCUGUCCCCUAGAUGAGCUAUACAACAGUGAGAGUGGUACUUGUGAGGUUGCUAGAGAUGUUAUUUGCAAAAUUUAGUCAACGAUAUAAACUAUUAGUUCAACUUAUUGCAGCCCUAAAAAAUGCU